AUGCGGUCUUCGGCGCAACCUGUUACGGUCAUGACUACUCGCCUUGACGACAACGAGAAGACAUUCCAUGGUGCGGUGCUCUCAUCCUUCACGUCGGUUGCACUGCAUCCAUUUCCUCUGGUUGCGUUUGCGAUUCGAAAGCCUUCACGCAUGGCCGAUGCACUUCACGCCAACAGACUAGCCCAACCUAGUUCUAUGCACGGUAUAAUCAAUAUCUUGUCAGAACAUCAAUCCGAGAUAUCGAAAAUAUUCUCGCGUCCCGACCUAUACCCUCACCCCUUCGAUUCCAUUUCAUACGGCAUCCAUGAGGGUACGUCCAUUCUAGAGGAAACUAUUGGAGCGCUCUCCUGCUCUGUCAUCACCUCCUUGCCUAUGACCAGUGAAGUUCUGAGCACUUUUGGGCUAUCCCUUGCCAAGUCGGAUGAAACCAUCGAUCUGUCAAGCUUAUCUUCCGAGUUAUUCCUCGCUCGAGUCAUUCAGGUUCUCUCGCCCCAGGGCAAUCCAAGCCCACCACGAAAGCCACUUGUGUACUACCAAGGCAGUUAUACAUCCAUCCUGUAG